AUGGAUCCAACAGCACUCGGAUACCUCCAAGGCCCAUCUAGGAUGAAAAAAACAAACAAAAAAGGUCGUCGACCCGGUAAAAUAGCCUGCACGGCCUGCCACGCUCGCAAAAAGCGAUGUGACAUCUCUCCGCCACAUCACCAGUGCAUGCAUUGCCGCAAGGAAAAUAAAUGCUGUAUCCCGCGAGAUUCUAUUGACAGCAAGACUUACAAAACCGUUGGAAGACCCACCCAGCGACGAAUGCCCGGCCGCAAUCACAACAGCCAGAAAGUCAGCCAUGACGAGAAUCAAUUUCAUGUCAAUGGCUUUCUGCCAAAAGGAAUUGACCAUGAAAUACCCCGCUGGAGUGCAGUGUAUUCUUUUUAUUCGGAGAUGUGCCGGCUACUGCCGACUCUCACCUCCACCUCCCCGCCCCUUUCAGCCGAGAUGGAAGAGGACAUUUCACAUGUGCAAACUGCACCAAUGGAGAGAAAGCAGGAUGCGCCAUCGUCCGGGCUGGAAUUCUCAAGGCGCUUUCAGUCGGAUGUCCUAUAUAGGGAUUGUGUGGAGCCAACUUCUCCUCUGAAGAGGGUCGGCAGACCUGCUCGUCGGUCUCUGUCUCGGUCUCGGUCCCCGCCACCUGUAGAUGAAAGGGUUGGGCUGGAAAAAGCGUUAGCGUGCGAAGCUGAGACGCAUGGGAUCCAUGAUCCAGCGAGGGAAGAGAGAGCUCCAAGCGGAGGAUACUCCGAUUCCACCUAUGAUGUUUUUAUGAAUGAUCUCGAUGCAUUGCUUAGAUUUUGA